AUGAAGAUCAGCCAGCCAGAGGACUCGUUUCGCCUCGAAAAUGCAUCUACCAAACCUCCAAUUAAUGGUUCAUCCGGGGAUGAAGAGUGGCUUUCACAGUCAUCGCAGGAUCCACGAAACUGGCCCAGGUGGAAAAAGGAUGCCCAGAUCCUUAUGGUUGCUUUCCAUUCUAUGAUGGGUACAUUCAUGGCUGCUGGAAUUAUUCCGGCAUAUGACGCAUUUGCUGAAGAGUACGGCGUCACUGUGCAAGCAGCAAGCUAUCUGACUUCGUUCCAGAUCCUCCUUCUCGGCCUUUCUCCUUUGAUUUGGAAUCCAAUAACCGCCGUAUACGGUCGAUAUAAUGUCAUUCUUUUGUCCGUUCUGGGCAGUAUGGCAUGCAAUAUCGGUGGUGCUCGAUGCACAUCGUAUGGUACUCAGAUGGCGACUCGCGUCCUAACAGCAUUCCUCAUAUCGCCCCCGAUCGGCAACGGAAGUGGUGUGAUUACACAGUUAUGUGAGCCCGAAAAGCGAGCCCAGAAGCUCGGGUGGUGGACUCUCAUGACUACAAUUGGAACACCGGCAGGCCCUUUCUUUAUGGGUUUUGUUGUCAAACAUAUUGGAGUACAAUGGAUCUUCUGGAUAUUUGCCAUAAUAAACUUAUGCCAGUUUCUGCUGUAUCUGGCGAUUGGCGACGAGACAGUUUAUAACCCCGACAACGAGCGAGAGAAGGUUGGGGCUUUGGGCAAGAUGUUACCGCGACAGAUCACUUCACGUUCUUUAAGUCUUCGAGACUUUGUCGCCCCAUUCGAAUUGGUCAAAUACCCAAGAGUCUUGAUUGCCGCCUGUGCCCAUGCAGUUACUUUCUGCUAUGGAAACAUUGCGUUGAUUGUUGAGAUGCCCAUAGUAUUUGGCGAGAAAUUCAACUUUGAUGCGCAGCAAAUUGGUCUGCAGUUUAUUGCGAUCAUCAUUGGAUGUGUUCUUGGUGAGCAGGUCAGUGGACCGAUGUCUGACUGGUUCCUUCAUCGUCUGCGUCAAAAAAGAGGCCACUCAUGCCCGGCUGAUCGUCUCUGGUUAACUUACAUUGCGUUCGCGACGAUAAUUGCCGGCUUAUUGACUUGGGGAUUUCAAUUGCAACACGCUACAACCUGGAAUGUUACCCCUUGUGUGGGGGCUGCCAUUGCCAGUUUUGGAAAUCAAAUGCAGACCACACUUCUGACAACAUUUGCGGUGGAAAGCAAGAAGGAUAGAGCCGCAGAGGUUGGAAUAUUUGUUAAUAUCUGCCGUCAAAUUUAUGGCUUUCUUGGUCCUUUUUAUUUCCCGGACAUGUUCGCCGCUGUGGGACUAGGAGGGGCUGCGGGCGUCAUGGUUGCCAUUAUCGCCGCAUCUGCCUUGCUACCCAUCAUCGCGGUGCACUCUGCGGCCACUCGAACAGAUAUACAUCGGAAGUAG